GUCAAACGCGCUCGCUUAUUGACGAUCGCAAAUCGGCAACCACGAACGCCGAUAAAACAAAUUAAAUGAACUUAGAAAUAAAUUAAAAAACAAAUAGUGUCAAUUAGAAGUACAUAUUGUAAAUUAGUUGUAAUGAAGAUGGUGAGGCAUAGAAAGGUAGUUUCGCUUAAAACAGAUAAAGAUGCCAGUAGUAGUUCGGGUUGUAGUGAGUCUUCAAUCGGCAGUAGGACUUUUAAGUUCCUCUCUGUGUGGAAAACCGGCGUUGGAUGCGUUUGUUUUUUAAUUGCCGUGUAUAUAAGCACUCUAGGCUACCUAGAAACACGCGUUAACACGCCGUUUGAUGACGAUAAGGUGGUAAAAGACACAGGUCUGCAAGUUGCGGACAGGUACUGGGGCACGUAUAGACCUGGCGUCUACCUCGGUCUGAAGAGCAGGGAGCCUCGGUCUCCUGUGUUUGGUAUCAUGUGGUAUGAGCUAGCUGCGGCUACGCAUAAGGGGAUACGCCACUGGUGCGACCAGAACGACAACCUAGACACGUACGGCUGGCUGCGCCACGAUGGAGUCACGUUCGGGGAGCAGCUGAUUGUGGACAAGCCCCACAACAUCACCACCUCCUUCAUCAAGACCCCUGGAGGCGAACACGGGGGUCACUGGACGGCGCGGAUCAAUGUUACUACUAAGGCUAACGCCAAAGUACCAUUCGUACUAAUCUGGUACGCAGCACUAGACGAGUCCUUGGGCCCUGCCGCCCCCCAUUCAAGACUGUGGUAUGAAGACGGCUCCAUCUUAGGCCAUACUCCUCAACUGCACAACUUCAGAAUUAAUUUGAUACCUCAACAAGGAAAACUCCUCCACACUUCAUACUCCGAAGCGAAUGCACCAGGGCUUCAUCUCCUAAAGGAGAAGCUCUAUUCUUUACUGAAGAUCGAAAGACAUUCCAUGUUUGGGAAGCUAGCAGUGCUUGGGGCUGAUGAUGAGUUGCAUAUUAAGGAAAAAGACAUCAACUUUGUACCAAUACAGAUGCUAGUAGAGACACCGUUUUGUGUAGACAUUGUGUACACGACCGAGGAUCUCUCCACACCCCCCCUUAAGGGGGAGAAGUACGCCAGAGUUCUGGAAGAGAAGAAGACAGAGUUUGAUUCAGAGUUUGAAUCGAAAUUCAGAUUGGAUGAAAAAGGUUACCCACCAGAGGACGUGGCAAUAGCCAGGGCGGCGUUAUCCAACAUGAUCGGGGGGAUUGGAUACUUCUUCGGCGCUGGGCGAGUCCAAUCCCAGUAUACCAGGGAACCAGUGCCUUACUGGAGGGCGCCGCUGUAUACUGGCGUGCCUAGCAGGUCAUUCUUCCCCCGUGGUUUCCUCUGGGACGAGGGUUUCCAUGGUCUUCUGAUCGGACGCUGGUCUCCAGACAUACAGAUGGAUAUCGCUGCUCAUUGGAUGGAUCUCAUCAAUGUUGAAGGCUGGAUUCCUAGGGAGCAGAUCUUGGGAGCGGAGGCGUUAGCAAGAGUACCAAAAGAAUUCGUAGUACAAAGCAACGCGGCGGCCAACCCACCAAUGUUGUUGAUCCAGCUCGCGCACUUCGUGAAGAUACGGCCGGAGCUCUUCGUUACUGGUUCUAGACAUCGCGCGACUUUGGACAGAAUGUUCAGUCGAUUGCAGGCAUGGUACCAAUGGUUCCAGACUACCCAGAAGGGAGACGAGCCCACCUCCUACAGGUGGAGGGGUCGAGAAGAUGAUGGGUUGCAGCUUAACCCUAAAACAUUGACUUCUGGACUCGAUGACUAUCCAAGGGCGUCUCACCCAUCCGACAUAGAGCGGCACGUGGACCUGCGCUGCUGGAUGUACGCGGCCGCAGACGCUAUGAUGACCAUUGCCGACCUCCUGCAGAGGGACUCUAGCAAGUAUGAAGCAACGAAAGACCAGCUCGGCGAUGAAGACCUACUCAAUGAGCUCCACUGGUCUACUCACACACAGACUUAUGCAGACUAUGGACUGCACACGGAUGGAGUGAAACUAGUCCGGCAGCAGCCCAAGAAUCCCUCAGAGCCUGCGAAGGUGGUGAGGAGCGUCCUGGUACCACCACAACCUAGACUAGUGACCUCGGCGUUUGGCUACGUCUCCCUAUUCCCAAUGUUACUGAAGGUGCUUAAGCCAGACAGCGACAAACUAGGCAAGAUCCUCGAAGACCUGGACAAACCUGAACUACUCUGGUCUCCUUAUGGCUUAAGGUCCCUGUCGAAGUCAGCGCCCCUAUACAUGAAGCGCAACACGGAGCACGACCCCCCGUACUGGCGGGGCCAGAUCUGGGUCCCUAUCAACUAUCUGGCCCUGUCCUCUCUCAAAUACUACGCGAACGCCGGGGGCCCGCACGCAGCAAGGGCCGCAGAACUGAACGGAAGGCUCCGGGAUAAUGUUGUUCGUAACAUUCUAAACCAGUACAAGAGGACUGGCUACCUCUUCGAGCAGUACUCUGCGGAGGACGGCAAGGGUUCAGGGUGUAAACCGUUCAACGGAUGGACUGCCCUCGUCGUACUCAUCAUGGCUGACGAGUACUAACACAAGGAAACCGACGUGAAACAACGCUUGCGUUGUGUGAGUGAGGUUACCGGAGACCCAACUACACCCCUUCCCAAUCUUCCCAAUCCCCCAGCAACCCUUAAAUUCCUAACU